AUGGCUCUCCAUCUCUCUGCUCAAAACCCAGUCGUUGAGCAGCAGAAAGUGAUAAUAUCAAACAAACAUGGUGAAAAACUGAUGGGCUUAUUACAUGACAAUGGAUCCAACGAGAUUGUUAUAUUAUGCCAUGGUUUUCGUUCCACAAAGGAAGACGAUAUUAUGGUGAAUCUUGCCAAGGCAUUAGAAAAGGAAGGAAUCGCUGCCUUCCGUUUCGACUUUGCUGGAAAUGGGGAAAGUGAAGGUUCAUUUGCAUAUGGUAAUUACUGGAGAGAGGCAGAUGAUUUACGUGCUGUAAUUGAACACUUCCGUGCAGAAAGCCGUGCCAUAAGUGCAAUUCUUGGGCAUAGUAAAGGUGAUGGCAAAUCGGCAGUAGUAUACCCACCAUUGAUGGGUAUGGACUGUGGAAAUGUGUUUGCUGAUUCUGUUGCUAAAGAUAUAGCAGUGAAAAGUCAUUUGAGGUGGCGAUGGAUCCAAUGGCAAGCUCUCAGAGGUGAUGUGGUGCUCCUAUAUGCUUCAAAAUAUCAGGAUAUCAGUACAAUUUUCAAUAUUUCUGGCCGUUACGAUCUGAAGAGAGGCAUCGAAGAACGGAUUGGAAAAUAUUUUAUGGAAACGAUCAAGCAGGAUGGAUUCAUCGAUGUCAAGAAUAGAACAGGAAGUGUUAUUUAUCGCGUGACUGAGGAAAGUUUGAUGGAUCGUCUGAAUACUGAUAUGCAUAAAGCAUGUCUUGCGAUCAAUAAGGAUUGCAGGGUCUUUACCAUUCAUGGAUCUGCUGAUGAAAUCAUCCCAGUGGAGGAUGCAUUAGAGUUUGCCAAGAUCAUACCAAAUCACGAUCUACACAUCAUAGAAGGAGCAAAUCAUAGCUACACCUCGCAUCAAACUGAGUUGGUAUCUGUUGUUUUGAACUUAAUGAAAGCAACCUUACAGCGCGAAGAAGGGGACAUGGGCGAUAGCCCUAAUUGGGAAAUUGGGUGA